AUGACGACUGAGAGGUAUCCUGACGAGUUGAUUGUGGGGGACGAUACGGAAGAUGAGAACCAGUCAGAGGUUGGGAGUGUUGCCUCGUCCAGCACAAGUCUGCGCGACUCCGUCCUCGACUACCGCCUCGAGAACGGUAGGACAUACCACCGUUACAAAGACGGCAAAUACACGAAGCCCAACGAUGAGCGGGAAAUGGACAGACUCGAGCUGGAGAAUGAGUUGUGGCUGAUUUCUCUCGACUUCGCUUCCGGCGUCGCCCCGCCCGCCCAGAAGGACUCAAAGUUCGUGUGUUCUCGUGCACUGGACGUCGGUACCGGUACCGGUAGCUGGGCCAUCGACUUUGCAGAUGAUCAUCCGGAGUCAGAGGUUAUCGGAUUCGACCUCUCACCGCCCCUGACCGAUUACGUGCCCCCAAACCUCAAAUUCGAGAUUGAUGACCUCGAGGAGGACUGGACAUGGUCCCGACCUUUCAGCUACAUCCACAGCAGAGUCAUGACAGGCGCCGUCAACGACUGGGACAUUUAUCUCCGCAAGAUAUACAAGAACCUCGAGCCAGGCGGCUGGGUUGAGCUGCAAGAGCUCGACGUCUUCGUCACCUCGGACGACGGCACCCUCACGGAGAAGCACGCGCUCUCGCAAUGGAGCAAGCUCCUCCACGGCGCCUCGGAGAAGCUCGGCCGCCCCUACAUUGACCCCAAGUCCCUGGACCUCAAGGCCGCCGGCUUCGUCGACGUGUCCAUCACCACCUUCAAGUGGCCGCUCAACGAGUGGCCCAAGGACCCCAAGUACAAGCAGCUGGGCAGGAUCCAGCUCGAGAACGGCACGACUGGGAUGGAGGCCUUCACGAUGGCGGCGUUUACGCGCGCGUACGAGUGGUCGCCCGAGGAGGUCAACGUCUUCCUCGUCGAUGUCCGGAAUGAUCUUAGGAACAAGGCUAUUCAUGCUUAUAUGCCAGCGUACUGCAUUAUUGGUCGCAAACCGGAGAAGGGUGAGCUUGAGGCGAAGGAGGAGAGUACUGCUUAA